AUGUCUUCUACUCGAGCUGCCAGAUCUUCGAGGAGUGCGAGCCGCUCCUCUACUAGUCGCAGUCGUCAGCGUUCGGCUUCCAUCCAUACAUCGUGGGGGCCGUUGCUAAACGGUAAUAUUAUGCCAUGGCGAGAAGAGGAUAGGAUCAAUGGAAAGACAUUGGGAUUAUUCUUCGGACGUGAUAAUGCAAUCCCUGAACAGAAACGUUUUGAUUCCAUUAAUUCUCGCGAAGAUAACAACCGUUUCAUUGAAGUGCAACGAGCCUUCAAGUUCGAUUAUUAUGCCGACUUCUACCAGACGAAGGUGAUUGUCGGAAGUCGCAAAUAUUAUGUCGCAGGAACCUUCAAUCGAGAAUCAGGGGAAGUGAAUACGUCUCUGGAGUCUUAUGGCUACGACAAAGAUUUCGCAGGGGACGUUGCUAUCUUCUUUCAUUCGAAGUACGAUCCGGAGAGGUUCCUCGACUAUCUUCCGCGGUACACCGAUGCGAAUGAAAGAGAGAUCGCGAUUCGUCGUGUGAUCACUGCCUUCUGCAAGAACGUCAAAGAUCAUGUCGAGAAGGGUAAAGCCCUCAGACGUGUGGUCAGAGGGUAG